AUGGAGGCCAAUACAUGGCGUCUCACAGUCAAUGAGAAGAAAUUUAUCGAGAACGCUCUUCUCUCCGACCUCCGAGUUGACAGUCACCAUCCAUUCGACUACCGCAAUCUCAUCAUCACCUUCGGCAAGGAGGAUGGCUCGACGGAGGUGCAGCUGGGCCAAACCCAUGUCAUGGGAUUUGUCACAGGCCAGAUGGUUCAGCCCUACCAUGACCGCUCCAAUGAGGGCUUGCUUUCCAUCUUCACCGAGUUCUCCCCGAUGGUUGACCCUUCCUUCGAGCCUGGCCGCCCAAGCGAGGCUGCUGUUGAGCUUGUUCGCAUUGUAGACCGUGGCCUAAGAGAAAGCAAGGCUGUUGACACUAAAUCGUUUUGUGUUCUUCCAGGGAAAUUGGUUUGGGCCAUCCGUAUUGACCUCCAUAUUCUAGAUAAUGGAGGAAACCUUGUGGAUACUGCAAAUAUUGCUGCUUUGGCUGGUCUCAUGACGUUUUGGAGGCCUGAAUGCUCAUUUGGAUAUUUGUAUGUGGGUUUUGCUAGAAUGUAUAGGAUUAAGAGUGUAUGGGUUAUGAGAAAAGUUACCCGUUUAAUGGGUGGAGAAUUGCUGGAUUUCACAAUGCAGCUGAUGGAAACAGGAUUUGAGAAUGAUACUAUUCUUGCAUUAAUUUUCUUUUCUCUACAGUAUAUUCUUGUAAACCAUGAAUAUUGGAAAUACAAGGUGAAGAAUACUCACUGGAGAAUAACAUUGAAGGUUAUUGGGAUAAAGGGGAAGUUUCCAGGACCGAUUCUCAACGUCACUACCAACUGGAAUGUUUUUGUUAAUGUCAAGAAUAACCUCGAUGAGCCAUUGCUUAUUACAUGGAAUGGAAUACAGCACAGGAAAAACUCUUGGCAAGAUGGAUCAAAAUGCCAGCAGUGGGGUGAGCUUUUGCUUCUGUCUUUCCCAGAGCUUGGACAACAAUUUUGA